AUAUGUCAAGUCAAGUGAAGCAACAAAACAAACCCCAUUGCCGUCCGAAUUUAAUUCAAUAAAUUCAAAAUAAAUAAAGUAUGUUAUUAUGACUAAAACAACAAAUAUGUACAAACAUGUGAACUAUUUCGGUACUACUCUGUUUUUGUUCAGUGUUAUUUAUCUCGCGCGGUUAGUUUUGACAGAAAUUUUUGAAGAUGAAAGUUCACAAGUGGACGAGUGGCUUGAGCAGAAUGAUUUGGGAGAUUAUAAGAAAAUGUUCAGGGAUUAUGGCAUCUCCACACUGUCCGGUUGCGGGUCGCCGGAGGCGGUGGACGGGCUGCCGGAGAUGCCGCCGUCGGAGGAGAAGAGGCUGCGGCGCGCUGCUCACGUGCUCCAGCAGCGACUCAUACUGCGGCAGUGGCUAAUAUCAUUCAAGCUCCAGCACGCGUAUACCAAAUUACUCAGCCUGGACGUGGCGUGCCUUGAAGAUGUCUACUGGUUGGAAGACUCGACCGCGCGGCAUGCCAUCGAGCCGCGGGACUUCGCCGCGUGGUCUGCGGCCAGACAGAGCCUGCCGACCGGCAAGGAGGCGCUGCACACGCUCAAGGCGGACCUCUGGAACACCGUGGUCAAGAAUAGUAAGCACCAGGAUGCUUGGACUUGGGGCGGUAUGCUGGUGGUGUCGGUUUCUGUGUGCGGGCUGGUCACGCUCGCGGCCAUGACGCAGCCGUCGCUGGCGCCCGAGGCCAAGCACUCCCUGCUACAGUACGUCACUGGGAAGUACUUGUACCCGCCCAACUGUCGGGUGGAGUGGGGCUGGACAGAGCCCCAUGCCGUGGGAGAGACGAUGUGCUUCACGAUCUUGUGUUUCCAACGCAACGGGCAGCCCUACCCGAUCUGCGACACUGACGACCUCUCCGUCUACAUCUCACAUGGCACUAGGAAGAUCAGCUCGGUGGUGGAGUUGGGGUCGGGUGACCCGGCGCAGGCCAACACUACACGCGUCAAGUUCACAGUGCGAUCCGCGGGCUUGUAUAUCAUAUCCAUCAUGAUUGGCGGUGUGUCUAUAAGCGGCAGCCCGCUGCGACGCGUGUUCACGGCGGGACGCGCGUGCGCGCGCCGCUCGCGCGUGGCGCGCGCGCACGCGGCCGCCGUGUGGACCGCCGCGCACGAGCGCGCGCUGCACGUGCAUCCGCGCGAUGACUACGACAACCCCGCCGCGCUCACACCGCACGAUACACAGGAGUUCUCCAUCACACUAAGCGAACUCGGCGGCGAAGUGGACCCGGAGCUGUCAUCAUCAGCGACAUUCACAUACGACAGCGUCAACCAGCGCGUGGUGCUGUGUCUGUGUUUCGAGAAGGCGGGCAUCUACCGCGCCGCCAUCAGGCUGUGUGGAGAACUGCUCAUGAAUGGGGAGUUCGAUUGUAUCGUUCUUACAGCGAGCGACACGGCGACGGUGCAGCGCAACAUCUCGUCGCGGCGCGACAACAUCAGCUACGAGGCGCGGCUGGUCGCGGGCCACAAGCCUCGCCGCGUGCUGUGCUGCAUCAGCCCCAAGCAGUUCAUCGUCAAGGACUUCCUGCUCAAGUUCAUCCCCAAGCGGAUCACCUCCUUCAGGGUCUGCCCUUCCACCAAGGUGAUCCUAGCGCCGCACGGCGCGGACGCGGACGCGGCGGGGCCGGGCGGCCACUUCACGCUGGACGACGGCGUGCAGCCGCCGCUGCAGCUGGCGUCGCCGGAGCGGGACCUCAUCGCGGCCACCUUCGCGCAGCUGCUGAUCGCCAACUGCGGCGGGGAGGACACUUUCAAGAACAAGCAGGAGUUCUUCUACAGCUCGCUGCGUCGGUCGCACGCGCGCCACGCGCACGAGCGCGCGCCGCUGCGCGUGUCGCGCGCGCAGCUGCUGCGCUCCUCGCUGAAGGCCACCAAGCACUUCACUGUGGCCGACUGGUGCAAGAACUUCGACGUCACCUUCCAGGGGGAGCAGGGCGUGGACUGGGGCGGGCCCCGGCGGGAGUGGUUCUCGCUGGUGUGCGGGGAGCUGUUCUCCUCACAGUUCGGGUUGUUCGUGUCGUUCCACUCCCCCACUGGACUGGUGCACCCCAAUCCACACAGGGACCCGUCGUUGAAGCUGAAGUACUUCGAGAUGGCGGGCAAGCUGGUAGGCAAGUGUCUGUACGAGAGCGCGCUGGGCGGCGCUUACCGUCAGCUGCUGCGCGCGCGCCUCUCGCGCUCCUUCCUCGCGCAGAUCAUCGGGCUGCGGGUGCACUACAAGUACUUCGAGCAAGACGACCCGGAGCUGUACCUGUCCAAGAUCAAGUACGUGCUGGAGACCGACCUGGAGGCCGAGGACGCGCCCGAGCUCUACUUUUCAGACGAGGAGUACGAUUCCCAGGGAAAAUUGCUCGCUGUCAAGGAGUUGCUGCCUGGGGGAGCUAACAUUAGAGUGUGCAACAGCAACAAGCUGCAGUACCUGGACGCGCUGGCGCAGUGGCGGCUGGCGGGCCGCUGCCGCGCGGAGACUGACGCGUUCCUGCGUGGGCUGGCGCUGCUGGUGCCCGACAACCUGCUCGCCAUCUUCGACGAGAACGAGCUCGAGCUGCUGGUCUGCGGCAGCGGCGAGGUGUCGGUGGCGGACUGGCGCGCGCACGCGCUGGUGUCGGGCGCGGGCGGGGACUGGCAGCGGCUGCUGGCGUGGUUCUGGGCGGCCGUGGCCAGCUUCACCGACGGCGAGCGCGCGCGUCUGCUGCAGUUCACCACCGGCUGCAGCCAGCUGCCGCCCGGCGGCUUCGCGGAGCUGAGCCCGCGGUUCCAGAUAACGGCGGCGGGGUCGUUCGGCGCGCUGCCGUCGGCGCACACGUGCUUCAACCAGCUGUGCCUGCCCGACUACCGCAGCUACGAACAGCUGGUGCACGCGCUGCUGUGGGCCAUCAACGAGGGCGGCGAGGGCUUCGGCAUGAUCUAACCGGUGAGAUGCCACGUGUUUCUCAUGCGCAUUCAUGUUUCUCAUCAUGAAGAAGUGUUUCUAGAGGUGUUUCUCAUCAUUGAGAGGUGUUUCUCGAUGUUUCCCAUCGUGAAGAGUCGUUUCUUAAUGUUGUUCGUCUCGAAUGGGUGUUUACAGAGAUGUUUCUCAACAUUGAGAAGAGUUUUAUAAUGUUUCUCGUCAUGAAGAGAAUGAAAUGGAUUUAGAAAAUUGUACAAUCACAAAUAGAACCUUCUCCUAGCUGCCUGUCGAACCAUGACAACUAUGAACAAUGCUUCAUCCAUGUUCUAUGACCUCGUUAUUGGAAAUUACUCGUUCAAAUACUGAGGUAAGGUUUUUUUCACUAGUCAAAUACACUCACGUACAAUAAUAUUUAUUUAGAUAUUAUUUAAAAUAAGCUCACAAACAAUAUUAGCUCUUAAUGUCAAGUUUUUACUAUCACUAAUAUCGUGUCACAGACUUAGUACACACUGGCCCACAAUGGUUUUUGUAGUCUUGUAUUAAGUAAUUUGUUUGCAUAAAGAUCUCCCAAAAUAAAAUAAAUAGGCUGUAUAUAAGAAAAGAUUUAUUCUAGUCGACUCUUUCAAAAAGAAAUUAGUUUUAAAUUAUAUUUAUUGCUAAAUUAUGUUUAGUUAUAAAACAGAAAAAUAACAACAAUAUUGGUUUAAAAAAAUGUUUUGGAAGCUAGCAACGAGGCUAUUAAUAUUGAAUUUAAGACAAAAUUGAAUUAUUCGCUUCAAUUUAAUUUAGUAUAAUUAGUAUAUUUACGAGCGAAGACAUUCUUGCCACUCGGUAACACCAGCGAAUGUGACCAAUUGGGAAACAACGUGCGCAAGAUUGCCUAUAUACUUGUAAAAAAUAACAUAUAUACUAGCUCCACUUAGUUAAAAAAAAAGAUAAAAAAUAAUUAAUUUGACUAUAAGAAAUAAAGGGAAUUAAAUUUUGAAUUUUUUUUUCGCUUGUCAUUGUUUGUUAGCCCGUUGUGGUUCGUCAUGACAAACAUAAAAAAUUUGAAAUUUGAAUUUGAAUUUUGUAGUUUUUGAGCUUAUCGCGUUCGUACAUACACAGUUUUCUAUUUUAAAAUAUGUAAGCUUUUCAUUCUAUAAACUGUACUGAACUAAUUUUGAUGUAGGUAACUUAUUUAUUUUUUAUUUAUCUUUUCUAUUUUUAAUUGUAAAGUGGCGCUAGUGUGGUCGUAGAUUAAAGAAUUCAACGCACGUUGUGAAUGUGAUUGAAGUGGGCAAUUGUAUGGUCAUACUCUCGUUGUGGUUUAAAGGAAUGUGACGUCACAAGUAGGCAUCUAUUUUUAGUGUAAAUACUAUGCGGCUAUGUCGUUGAGACAAGUCAAAAGUAAAUUUAAUGUUUGUUUUUUAAAUUAAUCUAAGAAAUAUUUCAAAGUGAUUUUAUUGUAUUAUUUUAGUAGAAAAUUAAGGUAGUUUUUAUUGCAAUAAACAAUCUCAAACUGCGUAAAAAUACUAUUGUGAAUAAAAAGUAUUAUAGAAUAUAAUUUCAAAUUAAUAUGAAAUGUUAUAAUUUUAAAGAUUAUAAUUAAUUAUAGCUUAUUGUAAAUUAGUAGUUUAAAUAUGUACAUAUUUACAAAAGAUUUUAGGUGCCUGUACUUCUUUGGUCACUUAAGAAAUUAUGGGGUAGUUGCCAAGAAGUCAAUUCAGGUGACAUUUUAAAUCUGAUACUUGUGUCAAAAUAAAAAUAUAUAUAUGGCGCUUGUAUGACAGUGGGCUCAAGUGACGUCACAAAUAUUGUAAAUUGUCCAAAAUUAUAUUAUUUAAGACUAUAAAAUAGAUUUGAUCAAUUAAAGUGACAUUUCAUUGUCGUGUUCAAUAAGUAAUUGCAUCUAUAUAUUUUAUUUUAAACACAGGUAACUACCCUAUUAUUGAAUUCUGAUGUGGUUAAAGUUCAUGACCGCUUUAAACACAGUACGUGGCACACACUAUGGCCAUAAUAGAAUAAAUAAAGAGAUAAUAAAAUUAGGAAUCCGUUCGUUAACUUUAAAAACGUCUAAAUCAGUAGCUUUAGAACUAGGCCUACCUCCAUGUGCUUCAUUAAUAAUGUUUACCCGAUUAUUUAUAUUAACAUUAUAACAAUUAUAAAACGAUGCCUUUUUGUUUGUAAAUAUAAUUGCAUUAAUCAAACUCGAUAGCAUCAAGUUUAGAUAUUUUUAAAAUUCCCUAUUUUAUGUUAAAAAAAAAAUUGUCAAUUUUGAUUCUAAACUGUUUAGGCGACCACAUAAAUAAAAAUAUAUAAUUAGGUAGCAAUUUCAGUGUUUAAUAUGUGGUCCAGAGGACGAAGUGUGGGUUUGAAUUUCACAUCUCACUGUCGAGUUGAUUUUGCAGUGAGACACAGACGAGUAACCAAUCCCAUUUGGCGUACUGUAAUUGGUUAGCUGGGUCGCACUGCGAAUCGACUCGAUAGUGAGAUUUGAAAUGCAAUGCCAACAUUUUGACGUCCGAUUCAUAUACCUAGUCUUUUUGGCAAAAUAGUAAAAAUUAGUAGUUUAUCAAAUGUAAGGAAUGGUGUCUAAGGCUGUUAAAAUUCAUCAAAUACUUUAACAUUGACAGCGAUAAGAAUAAGAAACUAUACAUGUUAAUUUUUAUAUUUCCUAUGGCUGCAUUAGAAUAUUCUAUUAGGGCCUAAAUAGCAGGAGAUUAUAACUAGUUCCUUUCCAUGUUGUUUACUUGUGGGAAGUAAGGGUGGGUUCAUACUAUGCUCUUAUGCGAACUUGAUAUCCCAUCGGUUAAGUCUCUUGAUUACAUAAUCAAAGUUUUAGAUGAAUAACGGUAAAACCAAAAGGGCCCCGCUUGAGAGAAUGCUCUCUGACAGGACCCCGUAAAACUUAAAUUCCAGUCAAACUAUUGGCAUACAUAUUUUAGGGUUCCGUAACAAAUAUAAACAUUUUAUAUACAUAUUAACAUCAAAGCAUCACUUAAAAUUUUCAGUUUGUAUGUUAGCCGCAUUCAGUCGCGUCAGCCAAUCAGAGUGAGAGUACGCGCUUAUUACCAAUUUGGGAAUUAGCCGCGAAUAAAACCCGCUUGGCGCGUACUUAAUAAAGUAUUCCUUUUAUAUUUUUUAUUUCACAAUACGAUAUAUGAGGGCGUGUUCAGUAAUAAUUUGCCUUCAAUUUUGCUAUAGAAUGAUUUUGUUCGCCCUAACUUUUAAAUACCUGUAUAAACAUUUUCCAUGCCAUAGCGUGAACUCGCUCUUCCGACAAGCGACGCCCCAAUCCGCUGCAUAUGAAGAAAUGUUAUUUUGUAGUGAUUGUUGAUUAGAAUAAGACUGAAAAUAAAUUGAUCAACAAUA